AUGUCGUGUAGAUCAACCACAGAGGCGGAGGCGAGCCCUAAUAUUAAUAAAAAGGUUUCACAUAUUUUGGAAAAUCAACCUGAUGCUCGAAUUACAUUGACAAGAGAUACCUAUACAAAGAAAUUCAUUGGAGAUUCAACAAUAUCUUUUGAAACGGAGGUUGGAAUUGUGAUGCGGAGCUUUUGUCAAAUGGAAUUCCAUACAUGGGAGAAAGUAGCAAAAGAAAAUAAAGAAGAAAUGAUUAACAGAUUACAUGAAAAUUUUGAAUUACCGCACGAAGAUAAAGUUCUGAUGGAGUAUUUAGAUGAACAAAUGCGGAGGCAAUGGAAACGCACACAAAAUAUUUUCAAAGAUUAUUGGAAGAAAAAUAGAGGAAUGACAGAUCCACAAUUAGCAAGAUCUAAAAUGAAGCCAAAUUGUCGUAGCGAAGAAGAUUGGGGUUAUUUGUGCAAUUAG